AUGUCAGCCUGGUCUAAAAUUCGAUCUCAGUUUACGUUAAAACGAGCCAAGUUCCUAGUCUACUUCUACUCUACCUGUUAUGUUAUCAAUAAGCACUUCGGAGAGCUGAUUAUUUGUCGCGGCAACUCUAUGUUACCAACCUUAAAGGACGGCGAUUGGGUGAUCGGAGAGAGGUUUACUGUAGCCAAAGGACAGCUCAAGAUCGGGGAUAUCGUAUGUUCAUUAAGUCCAGUAGACCCAAGAGUUUUACUCUGUAAAAGAAUAGCUUUUAUGGGCGCUGAUAAGGUAGGUGGCUUUUAUAUUAUAGUAUCUAGUCUAAUAUUGCAGUACUUGGCAGUUUUGUGAUUGAGGUCUCUUUUAAAAGUAUUUUAUUGUUUUAUCACUGACAUUCAUAUUCAUUGAUAUACUGAAGUAAUCUUCUUAUAAUACUCAUAUCCACCUUCAGAUCGAGGUAGACCAAGAAUACGAAGCCCCAUUAAAGAGAGUACCUCUAGGCCAUUGUUAUCUGCUAGGAGACAACUCAGCCGAAUCUCAAGACUCUCGACACAUUGGACCAGUACCAGUAGGCCUAGUUCAAGUAAAGCUAUCUGCCAGAGUUUGGCCGCCAAGUCGAAUCGGCUGGAUAGAACAUCACGGAUCUCAGUAG